UCACACUUCGCUGGGGACUUUAAGAGUGAGCAGAGAUCGGAGAGCUUCGGUGCUUAGCUGUCUAUAUUUUACGAUCGCUUUUCUUUUUUCCGGGAGAGAUCUUUCAGCCGCCGAGCAGAACCUUUUCCUUUGUGUGGAUACUUUUUGGGUGCCUGGUUUUUGCUGUUGAAACAUUUCUUGUUUUGGGCUUGCCGCUUUUUGCCUGUCUCGGACCAUUAUGACUUUGGAGGAAAUUCACGGGCAGGAGACGAUGCCGGAAACUAGCGACAGGUAACUAUCCGCCGGGCAGAGGUUCAGCCCGGGAUGGGGAAGAUGGGGUGGUGGUUGAGGCGGCUUAUGAUGGAAGGGUCUCGCGCGGACGGAGGCGGGCGCGCGGGUUGGGUACCGCGGAUGGAUGGAGGGCUGGGAAUGCAAGCCAGGAAAGGUUUCCCCGCGACUGACGGCACUUGCCCUCUUCUUGUCGUUUGCAGUAGCUCUAGCAGCGCCGCCACCGGCAACCGGAUGCAGAAGGCCGGCAAAGCUUUGCAGGAGCUGCUGGUCUCGUCGCAGCGCCGCGGCUGCCUCACCGCGGGCGUCUACGAAUCCGCAAAACUGAUGAAUGUGUAAGUAUCUGGGCAUUUGCACCGCGCCUGUCGUUUUGCAUGCCUUGCGCAACACCGGGAAAAGGGAGGGAAUCCGGGCGGGAAGAAGAGAGUGCAGAAAGUGCACAGCUCUUUGCUUUAUUUUUUUUGCAAGAAUCUCCGCUUUUAAAGUGGCUAAUCGCAAGCCUCCCUCUCUCUGCAGUGAUCCCGACACGGUCGCUUUCUGCGUGCUGGCCGCGGACGAGGAAGACGAGGGCGACAUCGCCCUGCAGAUCCAUUUCACUCUCAUCCAAGCCUUUUGCUGCGAGAACGACAUUGACAUUGUGCGCGUGAACGACAUCCAGAAGCUGGCCGCGAUUGUGGGCGCCAGCGAGGAGGGCGGGGAGCCCAGAGACCUGCACUGCAUCCUCAUCACGGUGAGUUUUCAGCGCCAUGUAAGGGGCAAGCCCCACUUUUAUUCUGUGCAAUGCCAUAGCGUGCCAUGCCCGUCUUUAACGCUUGGGCAUUGGGCAGGAUUUUCUCCUGUGAAUCUCUUUGAGGCAGCGCAUUGGAUAGCAAAAUAGUGCCAGAGCAACCUUAGGCCAGCAAAUAGCUGCCACUGACAUGAUUUAAGUGCUUCUGCCGGUGGCCCAUUCCCAAGGAAGCACAUCUCAUAAAGUGUGUUUCAUUGGUACCUCAGGAAUUAGUAGCUGUAGUUGUUGCAGUUUCGGACAUAUAUAUAUAGCCUGCCUUAUUGUCCAUAGCAGUGAGCAGAUUUAGUUUCCUGCUGUAUUGUGUUUUGGACUGUGAUAUUCGCUCAUGUAUCUUUGUUCUCUUUAUUGCAGAAUCCCAAUGAGGAUGCCUGGAAAGACCCAGCCUUAGACAAGCUGAACUUGUUUUGCGAAGAGAGUCGAAAUGUCAACGACUGGGUGCCCAACAUCACCCUGCCCGAGUGAUGGUGACGGUGUUGACGUAGCCGGUGCACAGGAGAGGUUGAAACCUUUUUGUUGCAUUAUCACCUUGGAGCUGCACAUCUGGGCAACCCAGCGAGUGGCUGAUUCUGGAGAUUAGCCCGGUCAACAGCUUGGAUUAAGUCGCUCAGACACAGCACGUGGUGGAUUCUUGUGGGGAGAAAAAAAAGAGAGAAGCAAAGGCGAGUGGAUUGUACCAGCAGUGAGCCUCUCUGCUAUGCUGCAGCGCUGGAGAAGCUGGCAUAUCUGUGGAGCUGAAGAAGUACUGCAGUUUUUAUUUUAGGAGCAGAAGAAAAGAGAGUGGGGGAAAAAAAACUGUGGCAGGUUUCCAGGUCAGGUGGAAUGUUCAUGUUAGAAAGCCAGAGUGAAAGUUGAAAACUGGACAUAGGUGAAAGGGCAGGAAUGGACAAGGUAUGGACAAGAAACUGCUGGCGGGUGGCAUCCAGCCCCUUCCCCAAGAGACUGGACUCUUAAAAGACAUUGGUACGAUUGCAUUUCUGCAAAGAUUUUGAUGCAGAUUGAGCUACCGGAGGAGGUCUUUUGGACUAUAUUCUGCAUUGAUAACCAAUCUUGCAAUAAUUCUUUUAAACUGAAAUUCAUGCUGCUAUUGAAAUUCUUAACACAUUUGUAAUAAAUUUUUUUGAUAACCAAC